AUGCUUCUUGCGGCAUUGGCCGUACACGCUCAAUUUACAGGAGUCAUCUCUCCAAAAGUGAUGAUCAUAUCCAUGUUUGAACCCGAGGGUCAAAUAUGGCUCGACAACUUCUCUCAGUCCGGUUUGGGAAACCUUACCUCGCAAGCCAUAGCCACGCCCGGUCUCUCUAUGCUAUACCCUCUCGUCUUCUGCACGCAAUCAGGGAGUGUCUGCCAACUUACCGUCGGCGAGGGGGAAAUCAACUCAGCCGUGUCCAUGACAGCCCUCGUACUAUCCAGAAGCUUCAACCUCACUCAGACAUACUUUCUCCUGGCCGGCAUCGCGGGCGUGAAUCCACGGCAUGCAACCAUUGGCAGCGUCGCCUUCGCUCGAUAUGCCGUCCAAGUCGCUCUCCAAUACGAAAUCGACUCCCGAUCUCUGCCCGAGGACUGGCCCACGGGUUACAUCCCGUACGGCCGUGCCCACCCCUUCGAGUACCCCUGCAUCACAUACGGGACGGAAGUCUUCGAGCUCAACGCCAACUUGCGUGAGGCCGCCCACGGUUUUGCCCAGCGAGCCCAGCUGCAAGACGCCCAAGAGACGCGCAAUUACCGCCUCUUGUACUCGGAAAUGGGCCCGCCCUACCAUACGGCCGUGAUGCCUCCCAGCGUCGUCAAGUGCGAUGGUGCUACGAGUGAUGUCUAUUAUACGGGUGGUAGGCUUGCACAGGCGUUUGAGAACACGACGUCUCUGUGGACCAAUGGCACGGGCGUCUAUUGUAUGAGUGCACAGGAAGACAAUGCGACGCUCGAGGUAUUGGUGAGGGCAGCGAUUGAAGGGCUGGUCGACUUCAGCCGUGUAAUUGCCAUGCGUACUGGCUCCAACUUCGACCGCCCUCCCCCCUCCCGUACCGACUGGGAGCACCUCACGCACACAAACCAAAACGGCUUCCACAUCGCCAUCGCCAACCUCUACGCCGCCGGCAUCCAAGUCGUCCGCGGCAUCCUCGCCGACUGGGACUGCACCUUUGCGCGUGGGGUGCCUCCGACCAACUACAUCGGCGACAUCUUUGGCAGUCUAGGUGGCCAUCCUGACUUUGGCUUUGGGAGUAUCACAGGCGGGAGGAAGCUUAGGGCGACUGAGAGUCGGAGAGGACGGCGUCGUGAUAAUCGGAACGUGGUGUCUCUGGCUGGCGUUGAGAUGGCGAGGAGGAGGACGUUUGGGGCCAAGGGGGCGAUGAAGAUGUAA